UUCACGGAGCCGAAUGCGUUUCCCUUUUCCGUCGGCAAGUUAACAGGACUUAAAUAGGCUAUUUGAACAAACAUCUUGUUUACAUUGCUGUUUAUUACACUAACCGUAUUUUUCGUUAUGUGCGAUAAACGAGCUCCGCAUAAACUCUAACGUGCGAUGCGGUGAAGUCAUUUUAAUAGAUGGUAAAGGCGCUGACAGCUCAGUAUCCUCAUCUUAUCAUCGCGUCUCGUUUUACCGGCAUCUAUAGUUGGCGGUACGUUGAACAGUCUAUGGUUGAAAACGCUAGUUACCUGUGCUAAUUUUUCAAGUGAGGUUAUAGAAAAGAACAAUUUUCGUCUGAGGUCAACUCCUCGAAUGUGUUCGUGGUGAAAAGUCGGGAUUGUAAGCUAACCGGCUUCUGGUAGCUUUUCCUUUCAGUGCCGGGGCUGAAAUGGAGGGACAUGUGACGUGGUAGUCAGGUCUCGAGAUACACAGUAACUGGCCUCAAGUGCUCUUUUAAGUUCUCAACCGGCAAGUAACGUAGAGUGUCAAACUAUUCAGGGGGCGAAUAGUCUCAUGAUGCACCAGCAGGGUUCAUUGAUGCCCCCCUUGGUCAGUGAUGUAUUCUGCCAGUGCCGAUCGGACGAAACCCACCGAGGAGUCGACCCGGGCGGCGGAGGCGGGCACGCGGAAGACCCCUCCUCAUGUCCCCCAUCUAAACCAGUCCCCCGACAGCCCGUGGUUGGUGACUGGCACUCUGACCCCGGUCAAUCAGCGCAUCCAUGUGACAUAUGUGGAGGGCCUGAGCAGGAGCACAGACUGAAAGUGUUGUUCCAAGUCCUGGAUGUGAACGGUGAUGGAGGCAUUUGUGUCAACGACCUGACAAUUGGGCUGAAGAAAUUAGGGGUACAUCGGACUGAACAUGAGCUCAUGAAAAUAGUGAAAGCAGGAGACAAAGACCUGGACGGACAGUUAGACUUUGAGGAGUUUGUUCAUUAUCUCAGAGACCACGAGAAGAAACUCCGGCUGGUCUUCAAGAGUCUGGACAAGAAGAACGAUGGCCGGAUUGACUCGCAAGAAAUCAUGCAGUCUCUGCGUGACCUGGGAGUGAACAUCUCCGAGGAACAGGCUGACAAGAUUCUCAAAAGUAUGGAUCAAAAUGGCACAAUGACGAUUGACUGGAAUGAGUGGCGGGAUUACCACCUCCUGCAUCCAGCAGACAACAUUCCUGAGAUCAUCCUCUACUGGAAACACUCCACGAUCUUAGAUGUAGGGGAGAGUUUGUUGGUGCCUGAUGAGUUCACGGCAGAAGAGAAGAAAACCGGAAUGUGGUGGCGACACCUAGUGGCUGGAGGGGGAGCUGGUGCUGCGUCCCGAACCUGCACAGCACCACUGGACAGGCUCAAAGUACUCAUGCAGGUUCACGCCUCUAAGAGCAACAGCAUGCAUAUGACUGGAGGCUUUGUCCAGAUGAUCCGAGAGGGUGGUGUGAGGUCACUGUGGCGAGGUAACGGCAUCAAUGUCAUCAAAAUAGCCCCUGAGUCGGCUAUUAAGUUCAUGGCCUACGAACAGAUUAAACGAUUAAUUGGAAGUAACCAGGAGACGUUGGGCAUCACAGAGAGACUGGUGGCAGGCUCUCUGGCUGGAGCAAGCGCUCAGAGCAGCAUCUACCCCAUGGAGGUCUUGAAGACACGAUUAGCCCUGGGGAGGACAGGCCAGUACUCGGGCAUCGUGGAUUGUGCCAAACAUAUCCUUCAGAAGGAGGGUGUGGCUGCUUUCUACAAGGGCUAUGUCCCCAACAUGCUGGGCAUCAUCCCCUAUGCUGGCAUCGACCUGGCUGUCUAUGAGACUCUGAAGAAUUACUGGCUGCAGCGCUUUGCCACAGACAGCGCUAAUCCGGGAGUGUUUGUCCUCCUGGCUUGUGGCACCACUUCCAGCACGUGUGGCCAGCUGGCCAGCUACCCACUGGCCCUGGUCAGGACUCGAAUGCAGGCACAAGCAACACUGGAAGGGGGUCCUCAAAUGAGCAUGACGGCCCUGUUCAGACACAUCAUUAGGACCGAGGGGCCCACGGGACUUUACCGAGGCCUGGCACCCAACUUCAUGAAAGUCAUUCCAUCUGUCAGCAUCAGCUACGUGGUCUACGAGUACCUCAAGAUUGCGCUGGGGGUCCAGUCAAAGUGAGAAGGCAGGCAUAGAGAGGAGAUCAAGAGGCCAAAUGUUUUUGUUUUUUUUUGCUUUUCUUGUGAGCUGAAGAUUUACUGCGUUGGGCUCUAAGAAGCAAGCAGCUGACAUUUAACAUUUUAUAAUCAAAUCUUGAAAUUCCAGGGUUUAAAGGAUUAAUGUGAAAUGAUGUGACUGAAGAGGAUUGAGAACUUUAAAAGCAGAGAGGCUGAUGAAGACUUUCAAGAUGGAGAAAACUGCUUGACCGAAACAAUUUCUGUUCGUUGCUCUUAUUUAAAUGUCUUUAAGCAAUCCCGGAUUGCUUCAACAAGACAAACGUUUACAUUGAAUUAAUUAAGGUUAAGGUUUACUGGGGUGCCAGUACAUUGAUUUCAUAUUGCCAUGUGGCAGGAGUAGUCCUGCUGGUCUGUGUAAAGGAUGAAUCUUGAAGGGCUUUGCUAAGGCAGAUAAACUCUGACCUCAGUUCAUACUCUCUUUUUAAUAUUGUUUUGGCUUUCAAGCUCUGUCUCUUGCCUUUUCUUCGCCCAAGCAAAGCCACAAAGUCACUGCUUAAUGAAAAAUAUGCAGUAGCUGUAUACUGUAGGUUAACUAGGCUUGAGUAAUCAUGCGUACAGAUGAUAAAAACAAGACCAUGAAUAAGUUUGGGUCUUUUUUCCUCCAUGACACGUACCGCGCUGUGUAAAUGUGUCAAUUACAGGGUAAUGAAACAUUGAAAUUCCUUUUUGUUUCCCAAGAUUCACAGCUUCUUCAGUUGCUUUAAAAUGUAUAAUGUGUAGUAUUUUAUUUAUUUUUAAAAACAUAGACUAAUACAAAAAUAAUCCCUCUCAAUCAUCACUUGUGCCCCACUAGAAGUGUGUGCGGGACAUUUAUGGGCGUCAAUAAAGAUCCUUUGGGCCCCACGUGGUUUGUAACCCCCAGCCAAUAACAGUGUGCAGGUUGUGAGCCUGUUCUUAUUCCCAGGUAGCGCUUUGUGACGCCCCUCGGCCGGCUGUCCUACUGACACACAAUCUAAAACUGUGUACAGAUGUUUCACAGAAGCCUCUCUGAGAUACACCUCCAUUCCUCCUCAAUUUCUGUACAAUAUAUCCAUUAUUAUAUUUUCACGUCCAAAACUGUUUUAGUUUCCAAAAGUUUUACAAACUUGAAUUGUAUUAUUAGCUGGAUCUUUAUGGAAUAUUUCACCAGCUUGUGGGCUAAAGACAUUUCCCAUUGUUGGGUGAUGUAAACAGGGUUCAAAAUUAGCACCAUCUACUAGCCAAAUGCUGGUAAAAUAUGCAAGUGGCUGGACGAAAAAGUUAAUUUUGAACCCUGGAUGUAAACAAAUAGUCUUUUUAAAUCACACAGCAGCCACAUCCAAGCAGAGGCAGUUAGAGAUAUAAAGAUAGUUUUAUAUCUAUGGAGGCAGCACUCUCAGCCUGACUGAUGCCUGUGUCAAAUGAGACAGAGAUUCCCAUGAGUGCCUUGUGUGCUGCUCUUAAAUGCACGUAAACACUAAGAGGUGGAGUCUGUGGAACAUUGAAUGCACUUUAAGGUACUCUGGCUUAAUUCCUGUUUAUUAUUUAUUUUCACACAAAAAUGGAUUCAUGACUGAAUUUGUGAUGUAUUGGUUCUGCUGAAUGUAUAAUAUUCCAGUGUCUUUUUGAUUUUAGAGUAAUUGUGGUCUUGGUGAAAAACUGAGGCGAAGAAGUGGUUUGUUUUAGAGUGAUAGAAGCUCUGAUAUGGUUUAAAAUUCAAAGCCUCAAUGAUUUAGAACCCCAAAGUGUUCAAUACUAAAUUAAAUAAUUUAACAAUCAUAUGAAUAAAUGGUGUAAAAUAUUUAAAUGAACCAACA